AUGGCUGAAGCGAACGUACCAGCCUUCAAGCUCGUCCUUGUUGGUGACGGUGGUACUGGAAAGACAACCUUCGUCAAGCGCCAUCUUACAGGUGAAUUCGAGAAGAAGUAUAUUGCCACUCUCGGUGUCGAAGUUCACCCUCUCAAGUUCCAGACCAACUUGGGUGUUAUUCAAUUUGAUGUCUGGGAUACCGCCGGCCAAGAAAAGUUCGGUGGACUCCGAGAUGGAUACUACAUCAACGGCCAGUGCGGUGUCAUCAUGUUCGAUGUCACCUCCCGUAUCACCUACAAGAACGUCCCAAACUGGCACCGCGACCUUAUCCGUGUCUGUGAAAAUAUCCCAAUCGUCCUUUGUGGAAACAAGGUCGAUGUUAAGGAGCGUAAGGUGAAAGCCAAGACCAUCACCUUCCACCGCAAGAAGAACCUUCAGUACUAUGACAUAUCCGCCAAAUCCAACUACAACUUCGAGAAGCCAUUCUUGUGGUUGGCCAGAAAGCUUGUCGGAAACCAGGGUUUGGAAUUCACUGCCGGCGUUGCCCUUGCUCCUCCAGAGGUUACCGUCGAUCUCGCUGAGCUCCAGAAACAAGAAGACGAGAUGAAGGAGGCUGCCAGCAUGCCUCUGCCAGACGAGGAGGAUAACGAUCUUUAA